AAAUAAGAGAGUCGAAGGGCCGCCGUCAGACUUUGGCACGUAUUACAUAAGUGGAGGUUUUAAAGGAGACUGUACAACGCGCCUUUUUGUUAAAUCAGCGCAUCUGCAUUUCAUUCUCGUCAUCCUUUUGCUGUUUGAAGUUUCGCCCAUUUAUAGCAGGUGUAAUUUAAUUGCUCUUCACAUGAAUACACUUGGAAAGUGGUCCCAUAUCAUUCAGAGAGCAAACAGAUGUAAUGAAUUCAAUAACCUUGAGCUAGCCAAAAGAGGAAUGGCGGGAGUCACUACGAUUUAUUCUCUGCAUAAUGGCCAGCAGACAAUAAAUUUUAGACGUCACAACGAAGGAGUUCUUCUGGAUUGUGUUUCAGCUAGCAAGCUGCAUGGUGGUAAAGGAACUUUAAAAGCCCAGGGGAAUAAGUGCUUCUCAAAGUCCAUAUUCAAUGAUUCCCAAUUGUACAAGUCUCUUGUAAUCUCCAGAUUCCUCGCAUCAUGUCAUGGAUCAACAGUACAUCCAUUCAAACAGACUUUAAGGCAAAGCCAUAAUUUAAGCAGAGAGUGGUUGGCGCAGUUGUGGCAUGAGGAGAAAAAAAGAAAUUUUUUGAAACGCAGAAGAUAUUAUAAACAUAGUGAGAGUGCAAGUCCAGUUGAUUCACUGGAUUGGACUUCCUUUACUUCUUUCAGGAUUCCGUCUGAUGUGCCUCCAGCUUCAGUUCAUCCUGGUCCAGAAGCCCAGCCUGGGGAUUUGAGGGGUCCACCUGUUCAACAACCAUCUCCAAGCCAAUCUCUUGUAGGAAUUCUAAAGCCGACAUGUCCAGAAGAAGUGAAAAUAGCCCCAUUACUUGCAAGGGCCAACUUGCUAAUAACUCGAGAGGUUGAAUGGGCAAACCUUGUAUUCAGUUUUGAGCAGGAGAAUCGAUAUGCUAUUGUGGAUCCCACCUACUCUCAAACUCCGGUUGGUUUCAUCCGAGAGCAAAGCAAUGUUUUAAUGAGACAGAUUUUACGGACAAGACGUUACUUUACUGCAUUCAUGACUGAUGCAAUGGGGAACGAACUUUUUAGGGUUCGUAGGCCACCAUGGUUGAUCAAUAGCACCAUUUAUGUGGAAAUAAAUGGCAAGGAAAUUGGUGUUGUUCAUAGAAGAUGGCAUCUUUGGAGGCGCAUUUAUGAUCUCUAUUUAGGGAAAAACCAAUUUGCUGUUGUUGAAAAUGCUGGAUUCUGGGAUUGGACUUUUACUCUUAAAGAUGAAAAUGGGAACACACUUGCUGAGAUCGAUCGAGACUGGAGAGGUUUUGGCUUUGAGAUGUUUACAGAUGCAGGUCAAUAUGCAAUAAGGUUUGGAAAUACUGACUCAAGUGCCAAAACUGGCCUAGCUGCACAGAUACAUGAGUUGGAUGUGUAUCGUCCAUUAAGUCUGUCAGAAAGAGCGAUAACAGUUGCACUUGCUGUGUCACUGGAUAAUGACUACUUCUCUAGACAUAGUGGCUGGGGUUUUCCUAUUAUUCCUUUCUGGAGCGAAGAGUAAGGUGGCACCAAAAGUGGGGUUGUUUAUGUCAAUUCUUGUAUAAUUCCAUUUCUAAGCUUUUUGGUUUUUCAUCCAUUGAAUUGCCCCAUACAUGUAUGGGAGUAGAGAUGCACAAUGCCAAUCUAAAAUGACCUCUCAAAUUCUCAAGGCAUAAUGGUUUCGACGGAUUCCAAUGUUGCUAUUGAUUGUUAAACUAUACGUGUCAUGCAGUUUUUGUCAUAAGUUUGAUGGUUGAAAUUAACCUCUUGCACAGUGUAAGAGCGUGAUGUGACUUAAAAGAUUCCAAGACCUCAAGUUCUUUUAAAAAUAAAGCUGGGAAAAUAAUUCCAGAAGCAUAUUGCACAGAAGAAAAGCUGGAAAUGUCAACAUGGAUGAUGCUGUUAUUUCACUUGAAACAGUCUAUUGUGUUUAAUGCAAGAGGGUUGCAAGUUUUCAUAUA